GUAAUCAUUUUCCCAUCCUUGAUUUGAUUUAUAGAUGCAUUGUUUCGCUAUAUGCUAAAGGUUAAAAAACAAAUAUCUAUCAUCUAAGCAAAAAUACAUCUGCAUUUCAACAAAAAUCAUUCAACAAUGAUGGCCAUCAACGUAACAUUAUUCGGUUUUGCUUUGCUUGAUACUGGCGCUCUACUUUUUCUAUCAAUUUAUAUACUUAUCACAUUGAGCGAUUUGGAUUGUGAUUAUCUAAAUCCAAUACAAUGUUGUGAUAAAUUAAACAAGUGGAUCAUACCGGAAUUAAUAGCUCAUGGAACAAAUAUCUGUCUGAUUCUAUUGACAAGUCGUUGGUUUCUAUUAGCCAUAAAUUUAAUCAUGUUAUUCUAUCUAAUCUACAACUUCUAUAUAUCUCUUCCUCGUAGCAGUAUGUGUUUUUAUGAUCCGUCCGAGAUACAUGUACGCGGCAAUCUUAAGACUCAUAUUAAAAUAUCUUUCAUACGAAUGGUAUUCCAUUUGAUUCAUUUCUUUGUCUAUCUGUAUUUGUUCGUUAUUUCAUUACUCACUGAAUCAUGAAUUUCGUAUUUUUAUUGGAAACGAAAAAAACAACCAACAAAUCGACUGAAAACAUUCAACGAAU